CUCGCCGUUAGGGAGGUUGUGCGCCUCAGCCGCCGCAUCGGUCGCCGCUCCGGCCGCUCCUCGCGCGACUUGGCCGCCUCCGCCGCCGGGGGUCAUCCGGGGUGGGGGGUCGCGCUCCGGGCUGGCCCCGCGCCACAGCCGUCGCCUGAGCCCGCUGUCGGCGGCCGUCCCGGGCAGAGGCUCGCCGUCCGCCGAGCCGCUCGGGGCCUCCGCGCUCGCCCGCUCGUCGUCCCCGCGGGUCCUGGAGAAGCGGCCGCGGCCGGGGAACGGGGCUGGGCGCUUGCGACGAUUAACUGCUGAGGUACUGAUCGAGUUCUGCGUUUCUUCAAUGAGGAACUACAGGCUGAUCUUCUGCCAUAAUCUCAAACAGCCAUAAAUGACAAGAGAAUGCUUGCUCAGUGAGGGUAGCAGGUGCAGAAGCCGUUUUUUAAACUUAGGCGUUUAAGUACUCAAAGAAAAGACAGCUUUGAUUUCUGGCUGCAAAAAAGAUAUGAGGAAGAGCUCCUCCCCUUCCUUGAGUAACUGCAACUCCGUUCUUGCUAACAAAAUAUUUGGAAUUCCACUUGAUGAGCUGCAGCAGGGAGGACAUCCAGACAAUGAGGUUCCGUUGAUAGUCCGCCACGUUGUGGACUAUGUUGAGGAACAUGGAGGUCUGGAUCAACAAGGACUUUUUCAAGUCAAUGGAAAUGCUGAGACAGUGGAGUGGCUUCGGCAGAGAUAUGACAGUGGAGAAGAGGUGGAUUUGGUUAAGGAAGCAGAUGUUCCCUCAGCUAUUAGUCUUCUUAGGUUUUUCCUUCAAGAACUUCCUGAACCUGUUAUCCCUGGCAGUUUGCAUAUUCACUUGAUGCAGCUUUCUCAAGAUUAUAAUAACGAAGAUGAAUUUGGAAGAAAAUUGAAGUUCCUCUUGCAACAGCUGCCACCUGUUAAUUAUAGUUUGUUAAAGUUUCUGUGUAGAUUUUUAGCCAAUGUAGCAUCACAUCAUGAAGAAAUUUGGUCUGCAAAUUCUUUGGCUGCUGUCUUUGGUCCAGAUGUCUUCCACAUUUACACAGAUGUGGAAGAUAUGAAAGAGCAAGAAAUAGUGAGCAGAAUAAUGGCUGGACUUCUGGAAAAUUACUAUGAGUUUUUUGAGAAUGAAGAGGAAGAUUUUUCUUCAAAUGAUUUGAGUUCUAUCACAGAACAGAUUAAUGAACUUUCUGAGGAAGAUGAAGAAGAUGAAAAGCUGGAACAUAUAGAAGAAAUUCCAGAAGAAAGCGCAGAAAAGCUGAAUGCUGUGCCGGAGGAGGGACAGUCAAGGAUGACUGAGAACAUUCUGGAAUCAAAUGGUGUUAAGGCAUCAACAAGCAUUUUAGAAAGAACAAUUAGAGCGGCUGUGGAACAGCACCUUUUUGAUCUGCAGAGCAGCAUAGAUCAUGAUUUUAAGAAUUUACAGCAGCAGAAUUUGAUAUGUAAUAAUGAAGCAGAAAAUAUUAAUUUUGAUGGGAAAGGAUCUAAUAACCAAGUUGGUAUUGCUGUCGAUAUUAUUAAUGCCAGUAAAGGUGACAGAGACUGUUCGAAAUCCAUGGCCGGCACUAAGCUAGACCAUGAAGUUAUGCAGCAAGAUUGUGUAUUUGAGGAUGAAGAAAAUAACCAGUCUCUAGGUAUACUGUUAGAGCCAUGCGGUGGCCAUGGUGAGGGUGAAGAUGGCUGUCUUGAGAGGAAAGAAUAUUUGUUAUUUGACAGUGAUAAAUUGUCACACUUGAUUCUGGAUUCCAGCAGCACAAUAUGUGAUUUGAAUGCCAAUACUGCUUCAGAAGUAUGUGGAAGUAAAAGUGUUGCUUUUGAGGAGGAAGCAGACUGUGUCCAGAUUCCACAUUUAGAUCUGAGGAAUGUUUCUGAAGAUGAUAAAUGGGAAGCGUCAUGUCCUAUCACUUUUCCCCUCAUUGAUUUCAAAACAAUGCAUCUGCAGAGAGAUGGGGAGGAACCAUUUCCUGCUUUUAAGUCUUGGCAGGAAGAUCAUGAAUCUGGAGAAGCUCAGCUGUCUCCCCAGGCUGGAAGAAUGAAUCACCAUCCUCUGGAAGAGGACUGUCCUCCCGUGUUAUCACAUCGCAGUCUAGAUUUUGGGCAGAGCCAGCGUUUCCUACAUGACCCAGAAAUGUUGGGUUCCUCAUCUAAAGCACUCUCUUUUACUAGGAUUCGAAGAUCAUCCUUUAGUUCAAAAGAUGACAAAAGAGAAGACAGAACACCUUACCAGUUGGUCAAGAAACUGCAGAAAAAAAUAAGACAAUUUGAAGAGCAGUUUGAAAGGGAAAGAAAUAGCAAGCCCUCCUACAGUGAUAUUGCAGCCAAUCCAAAGGUGUUAAAGUGGAUGACAGAGCUCACUAAACUGAGGAAACAAAUUAAAGAUGCAAAGCACAAAAGCUCUGAUGGAGAAUUUGUACCUCAGACACGACCACGAAGUAACACCCUUCCCAAAAGCUUUGGAUCUUCUCUAGACCAUGAUGAGGAAGAGAAGGAAGAUGAUUCCAGAGUUGUUCAGAAGGAGAAGAAGCCAUCUAAAGAGGCAACCCUUGAGCUUAUUCUGAGGAGAUUGAAAGAAAAGCGUGCGGAGAGAUGUCUUCCAGAAGAUAUAAAGAAAAUGACAAAAGAUCAUUUGGUAGAAGAGAAAGCCUCUCUCCAAAAAAGUCUUCUUUACUACGAAAGUCAACAUGGAAGGCCGGUGACCAGGGAAGAAAGGCACAUUGUUAAACCUCUCUAUGAUAGAUAUAGGCUUGUAAAACAGAUGCUUACGAGAGCGAGCAUCACUCCAAUUCUUGGAUCUCCAUCUACCAAACGAAGGGGUCAGAUGUUACAGCCAAUUAUAGAAGGAGAAACUGCACAUUUUUUUGAAGAAAUCAAGGAAGAAGAAGAAGAUGGUAUUAGUCUGUCCUCUGAAUUAAAUGAUAUCUUGAAAACUGUGCAGGCACAGUGUUCAUUGGAAAACUCUGAAUCUGAUAUUGAAGAAAAUCAAGAAAAAUUGGCUCUGGAUCUCCGCUUGUCAAGUACUCGUGCAGCUUCUAUGCCUGAAUUACUGGAACAACUUUGGAAAGCCAGAGCUGAAAAAAAGAAACUACGUAAAACAUUAAGAGAAUUUGAAGAGACAUUUUAUCAACAAAAUGGGAGGAAUGCCCAGAAAGAGGAUCGUGUUCCAGUGCUUGAGGAGUACAGGGAGUACAAGAAAAUUAAAGCGAAGCUUAGGCUUCUUGAAGUUCUUAUCAGCAAACAAGAUUCUUCAAAAUCCAUAUAAAAUAUGCUCCUUCAAAAGUUCACAUCAUAAAGUCAGUUGUGUCCCUUGAAGCUAUCAUGUGUACUUGGCUGGUACUUGAGUUCGUUUUUUCAGGCACUCAGAGAAUUUCAUUUUAUACUUGGUUGUGGUGCCACUAAAGCAAAUGAUGGGAGGGCAAGUGGGCCCCUCUCAGGAGUGUGAUGUUCCAUAGUAACCAAGACCGACCUCUCCACCUCUAGGAAACAUAUGCCGUUUUCUUCAUUGUUUUGCACUACAGAUACAUCCUAUUAGCUAAAGACUAGAAUUUUAUCCUUUCAAGAACUUUGGAAAUACAAAACUUUUUGUUACACCAACAUUUUUUUUCCAUUACUGAAGAAAAACGAGAAAGUCUUCACACUGAAUUCUUCGGUUGCCUUUUUCUUACAGAAUGACUGAAAAUUUGAAAGAAAAGCCUAUAAAAGUGCACAUAUGCAACUGUGUUAUGUUUUCCUAGAAAACCAAAAUCAAAACUUUCAAAAUCAAAAGUUUUAAAGCCUACUGUGGAACACCUUUCUGUUUAAUUCCCAAAGGGACACCUUUUCACAGGUAGUAUGCUAGCAACAUUUUGCAAUUCAGUGGUCACACAAUUCCUGGAUGAAGAUAACAGAGUGACCUUGCUUUUAGUGCAGUGAAAACACACGCCACACAUGACACAGAGCUGCAUCAUCACAUGCUCCUGUGGGGCUUGAGUUGUUUCCCGAGUUCCCAUUUCUCAGCUGGUGGUGAUAUGAUUUGUCUGGAUCAGAUCUCCCAUGCUGUCCUCCUUCCUCCCCCCAACUCCCCCAGCUCCAGAAAAUGUGAGAAAACAGCCAUGUCAGUAGGUAGGAAUUCUGAUGGUGCUCAGAUCUCUGUGUUCAAUCAAAUGGACCUAAAUUGGCAGGAUCAUUAUGCCUACAGUAAAUCUGUUCUUCACAAGGGCUGCACCACUGCAUUUUUACGUACACCUUCAGGGGGUUGCAUCUCUUUUCCUCUUUCAGUCAGUAAAAUCCAUGCAAACAAUACCCUCUCAAAGGGACUGCCUUUUGUCACAUGCUGUGUAAGCAGAUGUUUACAGGAUGGCCAGUGGCAUGCCCCUUGUCAUUGACUCUUAGCCACUUCCUUUGGUCUGAUUCUGUAUGGCUUUUCUUCAGGUACUCUGCUGGUAUGGUUAUGCUAGUCAUUUGUACAGAAGGUGACUUCGUUUGUGCUAACAGUGUGACAACAGGCUUGGGUCAGGCUUAAUCUAAAUGCUUUUAUUUUGUGGUGCUUUAUUGGAUUGAUGAGUGUCUCACUUUGUGCCCAUGUUUUGCAUGCAAUGACCCAUGCAUGAUUUCCUUAAAUAGGUAAUAUUAACAAUUUAUGCCAUAACAAAUUAAAUUUUGCAACAUGAUUUAAUAAGGUGAGGAAAGCAUGAACCUUGGCAUUAUUUCAUAGUAAGCACAUGAAGUAACAAUAGUAAAUAGCAUUUCUAUUACUUCACAUUUCACCUUCUUUGUGCAAUGCCUUUUUUGUGGGGGAGGGAAAAUCCAGUGGUAGUAAAUGGUGUAGUUGGGGAUUAAAGAAAAAGCACUAACUGCCUUCCCCUCCCCAAUGUUUUGAGUGGUUUGCUUUUGAUACUAGAUUAUUCAUAAUGUGUUUCUAGAAAAAGUGAAAUUGAAAAUGCCAAAAGAUGUAUUACUUUGAUUUUAAUCCAUCAUGCAGUGUACCUUUCAGUUAAUUCAGUCUCCAGACAGGAGUGUGUUCAAACAUCUGAUUUUAUGUGCACUGUGUAUUUUAUAUGAAUGUUUUAUUUUAUAUACCACAUCCAAAAAUGUCCAUAUGCACUAUUUAAAUGUUUUAAAUAAUAUAUUCCUUUAUAAUACUAAAUCUAUAUGAGUACCAUAUUUUUAUAAGUCAGUGGCCUGACAGGUUUCAUUUUAGAAUUAACAGCUGCUUUCAUGAUGUUAUUCAAUGUUAAUGUUUGGCUGCAUGUAGAAUAGGUAAAAGUGGCGUGGCAACACUUCUGUGUGGCAGUAUUGUGUGUCAUAGUUCAGCAGUAGGUAGUAGAAUUAGGCAGUUUGUGAUAGUUUUUCUUUGGUACAAAUAAAAACUAUAUCUAUAUACAAAUUAUUAUAUAGAUAUAUAUAUGUCUACCAUUAUAAUUGCAUUGCUAUGACUGGCACUUCAUUGUAUAGACUUUUGUAAUAAAAGAACUUUAAUGUCCUAAGUCAUUGUAAUUGUUUAUUUUCCAGAGGUGUUAAAAAGGAAAAAAGUUGGAGAGCUCAAAUGUUUGCUUGCCUUAAUGUUCUUACACUUUGUUUGGUUUACCCUGUUGCAGGGCUGUUUCGGGGACAUAGAGUUACCAGAUGUUUGACUGGCAAGUCAGGGCAAGACCACUUGUAGAGAGUAGUGAGUUUUGCUGUGAUGUACAGUCUGGAAAGAGAGCUUGGUUUAGCAUGGUGAGUCUCGAUCGAAUAAUCUGGGGACUGUUGUGUACUGGUGUGAAAUUGAGUGCUGUGGCCCAGAGAUGGUACUUGGGCUCAUAGAACAGUUAGAGCUAUGGCAGGCUUAGAAAAAUUUGAAGAAUUUCUUUCCAGUUAUUAAAAGGCUGGCCAUGCAUGACUUUCCAGUCAUCAGGACGGAGCUGUUGCAGCAUUCUCAUUUGCUUUGUUUCUAGAAAACCCGAAAUGUGUCACUCUGUAAACUGUCUAGGGGAAUUUUCAGCUUGAAGAUACCAGUGAAAGUUCUUAGGUGGUCGAGGAGUUUGUUGAUCUGAAAGUUGGAGGGAGGUUAUUUUAUUUGAAUCUUAUGUAAUGCUUUUUUAAAGUUUUAAGCCUUUAAUUAUCUAUGGUCAAUGGUAGUUGAAACUGGUACUUGUGCACUUGAAAGCACCUAUAAUUCUACCCUGUACCAAUGAGGAAACUUUACCUACUGACUGGACUGUUUUAGAGACCUGCACCAUAAACAUUUUGUACUUCACAUUGCCCAAACUUAAUAAUAAAUCUUAGAAAGUUAUGUGUGUGUGUGUGUACUGGAGGCAUUUGUAGCAUACACAUGGGCUAUGUGUAGUAGGUUUCUUCUGAGGUACAGAAGUCUCAGAAAUCACUUGGUUAUUAUAAUUGACCCCUGAGGUGGUUUAGUUUUAGUUUUUUCGGUGUGACUGAAAUGAGAACAACUUUAGGUUCAAUGCAUGAAUAAAUCACUCAGUGAUUGUGUCAGAUUCCUACCUCACUUGUCUUGUAGAGCUGAAAACUUUCUCAUCACUCGGUUUAGUUUUAAACUGAUGUAGUGUAAUUCCUUCUCCAGCUCCACAGCAUAUAAAAAGAGUCUAAAAGAUAAUUUAAACGGAAGUAGAGAGUAAGUCAACAUAAAGUAGAUUUUUAGUGCCUAAUAAGGGUGCCCUUUUUUUUUGUUAAGAUUUUUUCAUUUUUCCUUGAGUUAGAGAGAGAGUAGGAAAGAAAUAUAUCCCACCAACUGGCUUACUCCUUAAAUGGCCACAACUGCUAGAGCUGGACUGAGGCUGGGAACUAGGAGCCCCAGCCUCCUAGCUUGGGGUGUCUCACGUGGGUGCAGUAACCCAAAGCCUUGUGCCACUCCCUUAAACAAUAGCUGGAUAGCAAAUGGAGCAGCUGGAACUGGUGCCAGUACGGCAUGCUGACGAAGAACUGGGAUGCUACAUUGCUGCAUUGGUCCCGAGAAAUGCUUUGAGAAGGAAGACAAUAGCCCAUCUCGCCUGGCUUAGAUGUAACGUAAUGUAAAAAACUGAUCUUUCACUGUGAAGCAAAUACUCAUGUGCUUCAAGAUUUGGUAGAAAAUGAACAAAUUUUAGCCCAGUAAGGUUUUGGAUUCAGGAAAACGGUGUAACUAAUGUCCUAAGCCCAUCUCACACAGUUGCAGGCGCCGGCUAAAGCAAAUGCUUACUCUCGGAAUUCUUGUUGGGUGACAGGCUGGUAGUCAUCCUGAAUUUCUGCAGAGUAAUACUUUUUCUCAAGUCUCUCUUUCCAUUUUCUCAUGUGCUCUGCCCUUUGGAUUUCCUGUGAAGUUAGAAAACAAGUAUAAGCUGCAAAUUUUAGAUUUGUGUUUCAAGUCUGGCACACACUCAUCACAGAGUUAGGAAUUUUAAACUGUACUUCCAGGCCUUGGAUUUUGAGCCUCAUUGUCUUUGGCAAGCCUGGUUUUCAGAUCUCAGCACCAGCGAAGUUGCUUUGGAGGAUUUGGUGAAAGAAGUGAUUAGUGUAGGAAAGGUACUAUUUAAUUGUUACUCUCCUUUCACUGCCUUUCCCUUACAUCUUCCCUUGUCAAGGCUGAGAUGCUCUUCAUUUGCCUCUGUUGUGUGGAACCUACUUCCACGUACAUCUGUGGGUAGUCACCAUUCUCCCACUGACUGCUGCCAACUUGCCUCAAUCUCCUCUUUGUAAUUAUUUCACCAGGUAGUCAAUCUCUUUGCUCCAAACUGCCCACGUAUCAUGUCCCAAAGAAGCUCUUCCAGAAAGUCCUUGAUGCCUGGAUGGGAAGUGGAGCUGCUGGAAUUAGAACCAGUGCCCACAUGAGAUCCCAGAGUGUUCAAGGCGAGGACUUUAACUCCUAGGCUAUCAUGCUGGGCCUAGUGAUCUUUUUAUUACAAUGCUUUGUUGUUUGGUACAUUUGGGUAUAAUUGUUAAAAUUAACAAAAGUGCUCCUAGAGUCAUUUAGAAAUUUUCUCUUGAUAUAUUAAAUUAUAUCCCUUGAUAAUCUUAUUGUGUAUUAUACCUUUGCUCAUGCUUUUAUGUUUAAAAUGUUAAAUCACUUUAAGUGUAUAUGAUGGGAAUAUAGCACAGCAUUGUGUUUGUUUUGUGAUUCAAUCUGAAAGUAUUUUAAGAAAAGCUAGAGGUAGUUGCUUGGCACAGCAUCUGCAGUGCCUGCCAUACUGUAAUUUUGAGGGAAAUAUUAGAUGUAAGUCAUACAUCUGAUUAAUGUAUUAAUGUAAGGUAUGGAUUGUUGUCUGCCAAAUAUUACUGGUUUUCAUCUUGCAAUAGUAUUGUGUGUUGAGGUUUGGGCUUGUUGCUUCAUCUUAUUUCUGUUUGCAGGUAUAGAUCAGUAUAGACUCAUGAAAUCCUGUUUUGUAUAAUGGUUUAUACAUCAUGAUUCAUUGCAGUCCUUAGAUAGUCUAGGGUAGGUUUGUCCAGUGUGACCCCUGAAGCUGAUUCUGGUGUCCUUCUAACAGAUGUCUAUCAUUCUCAGAGCGAUUCUAUUUUCUGACUCAGUAAGUUAUUCCAAACUCAUCUUGUGUUUCAGUCCUGGCACUGGUAUAUCGCGAAUGAGUCCUAGCCCCAGUUAGAGGAUGAGGCCCCUUGGAAUCCAAAUCUCUGUUCUUGUACUGACUGCUACCAGGGUAUCAUCUUCUAGCCCUCUCCGUGGACCGAGCUAGAAUAAAUGUGUGUGUUUGUAUACAAACUUCUACAAUUCUAAUCCAACACCAAAAAGUUCAUUUUAACUUUUAUCCUUCCUAUUUUUGUAACUUAGAACCAAUGCAAACUUCUCCAGUAUUAAUUUGACUGUUUUAAAGUGCUGCUAUAUUCUUGAAAUUGAAGGGCAUGCAUUCCUGUUCCUUAAUUUACACACACACACACCCACACACACACACACACCCCUUAUAAGUUUUGUUGAAUAUGUUAGGUAAUUUUGCAAUGUAAAAGUAAAAUAACCAUACUAAUUAACAUAAGAGGACGAUGUAGUCAUUUCAGUAGAGUAUACUCUGUAAAACCUAAUAUGGCAAUUCCGCAGUGAGUGUACACUUCAAUACCAAAAUAGUAC